AUGCCGCCUAAACAAGAGCGACGGAAACGUGGGAAAUGGGAACAUUACAAUGCAGAUUUCAACGCGGAUGAGAAUUCGCAAUCAUCGAGUAGUUUUAGUGAACGUAUGAAUGUCGGUUCUUCAGACAAGGACACUGGCACUACGGUACCAAAAGCGGCUAGCCAGAAUCUGGAAGGACAGACGAUUAACAUAUCGCGAACGGAUGAUUUCGGAGCAAAAGACUAUCGUCAUGAAAUGAAGCUGAAGCCGGAUCAUGCCUCUCGGCCCUUGUGGGUUGCACCCGACGGGCACAUCUUCCUCGAAUCAUUCAGUCCCGUUUAUAAACAUGCGCAUGAUUUCCUGAUUGCUAUCUCUGAGCCUGUCUGUCGUCCCGAAUUCAUACACGAGUAUCAGUUGACAGCGUAUUCGUUGUAUGCGGCCGUUUCAAUAGGUCUUCAAACGAACGAUAUUAUUGAAUACUUGGAGAGACUUUCGAAGUCUACACUACCAAAGGGAAUCAUUGAAUUCAUUAAGGUAUCAUCUAUCUGCCCAUCGAUCGAUGUGAUUGUUCUUCAGCAGAUCUGUUGUUCCAUGCAUGUGGAGAAAACAGUGUGCUUGUUUUAG